AUGACCUUGGUAGGUGGUGUCCUGAACAGAGCCAAACCAUUGGGAUGGUCCCGGCGACAUCCUCAACUUCGUCGUGUUGGGACCAUCCUUGCCGAGAAUCGCUACGGCUGUUUGCCGUAUAUUGCCGCGAUUAAUCAUCAUAAAUCAUGCCGCAGACACUACUUUUUACCACCUGCUCCGUCAUUGUCGAUUGUUGGUGAUCGUAAGGUAACCGGAGGUCGUCAUAUCUUUGAAAUGGAUAUUGAGUCUGUCUUGCCGGCGGCUGAAUUUGCAGUGACGAUGCACAAUACCGCCGAGGAUCGGAAUACCCGGUUUGUAAGGGUGGUCAGAGCUAGCUACAGACUGUUUAAUUGGUAUAAGUAUCACUAUUACCUAACAAUGGAGGGGAUUGACGAGAAUGGCGACUUAAAUGUUUAUUAUGCGGAAGUUUAUGCUUUUGAUACGAGGAAGCAGUUGCUCAAGUGGCGGCUGGUCGAUGAGUCCUUUUCUUACCCUUACUGGGAAACAAGUGUGGUCCGGAAUAUUGCAGAAAAGUUUCGCCACAAUGUUGAAGGCUAUAGAAACAUGCCAAGAGCUUGGCUAGCUUCCCUGACUCUGGAUUAUCAUAACGGGACCUUUGGAGAUGCAACAGAAAGAUCAUAUGUUACUGCUCCCUGUUCUUCGUCUUCAUAUAAUGAAAUUGAAGUUGAUACUAGAGGUCCUCAUGUGACGCCUAUUUAUGAGAUGGUUGAUUGUGGAAAGAUUGUCAACCAUGCUUUAUCUGCACUGAAAAGGCUCAAUAAACAGAUGGGUAAAGAAACGUGUCUUAAGGAGGUGCUGCAUGCAAGCAAAGAAGAAGUCGACGGCAAGGUCUAUUACAUUUUAUUGUUGAAGGCAAUGAAUGAACAAAAGGAGUUCACUUUCUUGUAUGCCAUAGCUGAAGUGUCACAAAUCAAGGAAGAGCUGAUCAAAUGGCAUGUUGUUGAUGAAUUAUGUUCUGACCCUCUUGAAAUCAACAAGAUUGGCGUAGUCGCGUCACACCUUUGA